UUUCCUUUGCUUAAUGGUAAUGUCCACCAGCCUCAAGUCCCCGCAGUGAGACGCUGCCGAGUGCCCGCCAUCAUCAAAGUCCGUUACAGUCAAAUCUCAGAGAUUCCCUCAAACUUUGAAAUUCUGUUUGGAUGGCUCUACAAGAAAGAAGAAAAGAAAGCUGCUUCGUGCUAAUGGAGAGCGAGGCUGAUGGCCCGUGUUCUCGUUUCACUGGAUUGGGUUGAAAUGGCUUCUGCACCUUUCCAAUUAGACAAGCCAGCUAGAAAAGGUCACCUGGCAUCAGAUAAGUGGCACUGCCACCGAUGAACAGCAUCUGCAAUUAACAGAGAGAUAACAGAGCUGUCCGCUGACUCGUUCCUCCUUAGCAUUUUCUCCCAAAAGGUCCCCGUGCCGCUAUCUGCACUACCUGAUGGCGUCACUGCCAGCGUGAUGGCAGACAGGGUUUAUAAGGAGACCUGAAGCCCGUGGAGGAGAUUGUCUGCCAGCACAGCAGGGAAAUAAUCCACAGCACGCACUCGUCUCGUCCCCCCGCCAGCAUGUCGAAGUUUGUGCUCGUCCUGACACUGUGGGUCCUGGUAUCGGAGAUGAGCCAAAAAUCAGAGGGACGAAAUCCAACCUACGGGGUCAAACUGUGCGGCCGGGAGUUCAUCCGUGCGGUCAUCUUCACCUGCGGAGGCUCCCGGUGGAGACGGGCUGCCAGAACAUCUCCAGGGGAGCUGCCGGACUUCUUCUCGGAUGUCGAGCGGACCCCUGAGGAGCAAACGGAAGAAAGCUGGAGCCCCGAUGCCGUCUCCGGCCUCUCGUAUAAAGACUACCCCGAAUUCGAGAGCCAGCCCUGGAGGGAGCAGCUCACCAGCAUGGCUUUCAGCCGGCAGAGCCGCAGCCCCAUCUCCGAGGAGGUGCUCGAGGCGUUGCGGACGUCGGACAGGAAGGGCCGGGAUGUGGUGGUCGGGCUGUCCAACGCCUGCUGUAAAUGGGGCUGCAGCAAAAGUGAAAUCAGCUCCCUGUGCUGAGAGGGGGCCGCCCGGGUGCUCCGAGCCUUUGUGUCCAGUUAAAUGGACGUCAGGCACUGGGAUUUCGGUCGUCGUUACGUGGACGGUCAAGUAGCCUGCCCUGCCUUUAAACUGAAGAAAUCUACAAACAUUCAACUCUUUAUUAAGUUUCAGCGCACCCUUUAUACCCCUUGAGCGGGGGGCUUGUUGAGCUGCAUGUAUACCAAUAAACACAGUCGCUGUUGUC